AUGCCCACCAUAAGCCAACGCGGUCUUCAGUUGAUUCCGUCUCCCACAGAUGAUCCACAAGACCCUCUACGAUGGCCCAGCUGGCUCAAACUGUCUGUCAUACUCUCGACGUCACUGGCCAAUUUCGUCUCCAACAUGGGCGGUGCUGGCCUGUCUGUUGCCGUUCCGCUAUUAAUGCAGCAGUUCCAGCGUUCUCAGGGAGAUGUGACCCAGUUACUUACACUCAACUUUCUCUUCUUAGGGAUCGGCAACAUCUUCUGGGUUCCUGUCGCAGUCAAAUUUGGCAAACGCGCUUCGUUGAUAUCUUCAAUGCUGCUCCAGGCGGGAGCACUGAUCUGGUGUGCUGUUGCCGGUGGAUAUGACAGCCUACUAGGGGCGAGAUGUGUUCUAGGUUUUGCUGCUGCCGCCGGUGAGAGCAUUGUACCGGAAGUUGUUGCUGAUAUUUUCUUCGUCCACGAGCGUGCGACAAUGAUGGCCAUUUACGUUGUCUUGAUCUCCGGAGGCUCCGCCGUCGGACCCUUGGUCGGGGGCUUUAUGGUGCAGUAUACGUCUGACACAUGGCGGUCAUUUGUCUGGCUUUGCUUUGCACUUGCUAUCUUCAAUGUGGUGCUUUUGGUCUUUCUAUUUCCAGAAUGCAAUUUUGAGCGCCCCGAGCCCCUCACUUCAAUGCAGCAGUUGCAGACGGCUGCGGACUGCAAGGAGAAUGAGGCUACCUUUAUCGAGAAUGCUUCAGAGGCGCCACUGGAGGAAGAGUACACCGUCUAUACCCCGUCACAUCGUGAAGUUCUACGGCCAGUCCACUACGAUAAGGGGACCAAUUUUUUCCUGACCCUUAUCUCUCCUCUGAAGCUACUGAUUCACCCUUCAAUUCUAUGGGGAAUCUUCACAUAUGGGGUUUCCCUGAGUCCUCAGAUUAUCAUGAUCUUCACCAUGUCCCCUCUCCUGGAGGCACCUCCCUACCACUUUCGUUCAGAGUACGUCGGUCUAAUGCAAAUCGCUGCCAUCGUGGGCUUUCUCCUGGCCUGCUACGGAGGCGGCUACUUGUCCGACGUGAUCAACAGCAUUGUCGUUCGACGCAGCGGUAAAGUCGUGAUUCGCCCCGAACAGCGACUCGUGUCGUUGCUUCCAGGAAUGGCGAUCGGCCCAGCAGGUUGUAUCCUCCUUGCCUUCGCCUGCGGUCAACGAUUGCACUGGAGCGCCAUCGCAGUCGGCUUCGGUAUGGUGUCAUUCGGAACAGUGUAUACACCCAACAUCGCCAUCACAUAUAUUGUCCACCUACAUCAGCACGAGGCAGCCAAGUCUCUCGUUCUUAUUAACAUAUUCAAGAACCUGGUAGCAUUUAUCUUCCUGUAUGUGGCCGUCGACUGGGUGAAUAAGGAGGGAGCUGCCGGCGAAGAUUGCGAAAGGUUUCUUAACAUUCGCUUUCGAAAUGGCCUAGACUUUGUCAAGGACCAAGACGUGUCAUUCCCUGAAAAGGGUGCGUGGCCACCUUUGACGGGGCCUAUCCGAUUCUACGAUGAGACUCUUGAGAUUGAAAGACUUUACAUAGAAAGCAAUUCAUCAUCACCCUCUCAAGAGAGCCAUGAUACAGGCGACUCCAACGGCACCCACUGCGGUCUACCAGAGUCGGACAUCCACCGACGAAGACGAUAUCAGAUCGCUGCCGAAGACGCACCCGUGACGCACCAGACUUCUGGUCCUCCCAACAGACCAAGCCAUGCAUCUCUGGAUACAGGAAAUCCCAUCGUUCAUCACGGAUCUCGGAAUGCUAAAUGUACAACAGAGACGGGUCGUAACUUGCCUAAUUCAAGUGAUUUUGCGAGCUCACAAACGCAAUAUACUUCUCUAAGUGCAAGGGAGGCUGCCCUCUUUCGCAAUUUCGUUGAUAAUAUGGCCUUGUGGACUGACAUUACGGACCCUCAAAGGCACUUUGAGACUGUGGCUCCGGCACGAGCUCUCCAUGAGCCAGUAUUACGCGCGGCAAUCCUUGCGUUUUCGUCCCGGCAUAUCAACAGACAAAGAUCGGACGGCGACACAGAGUCGUUGAAGUAUCACAACCAAUGUCUUCAGCUUCUCAUUCCAACACUGUCGUGCAAUGACAAUGAGAUUACCGAGGAAUUACUAGCUGCAGUUGCAAUUCUCCGUCAGAAUGAAGAAAUGGAUCCUCAGGACAACCAGUUCCAUUUAACGGGAACGACGCGCAUAUUAAAUACAAUGUCCUCCUUCGGAUCCUCCGGAGGAUUAGGUGAAGCAGCCGCCUGGUUGUGCCUUCGCGAGGACAUGUACAUAUCACUCACGUCACAAUCGCCAUUGAGGACAAAUUUACAGAGCUUUGAGCAUUCUGAUGUCUUCACCAGAACCGACGACUUUGCUUGGUCCAAUCGGAUGGUCUUUUUGUUGGCCAGAAUCUUGAGCUGCGCUUUCAACGAGGAGAACCGGACGAGACGUUCUUAUGCUUCACUUGAUGGUUUAGAGAAAGAAGUUGACGAUUGGAAUUCGUGCAAACCGCGGACCUUCCAACCUGUUCGUUUUGUUCCUCGAGGAAGGGAUUCUGGUCAACGAUUCCCGAUUAUCUGGACGCUAUUGCCAGUCCAUGUUGUUGGUCUACAAUACUUCCACAUUGCGAAAAUCAUACUUGUUUUGUCUGGCUGUGCAAGUCCCUUUCUCCCGUACGAGAACCUGCAACGCUCACGGGAUGUUGAAAAACUUGUCCGGGGCCAUCUUCUGAAUGUGCUAGGCCUAGCUGCGUCAAACCCUAGGGCUGAAAACACACUUUUCACUGCACGGCAUAGUUUAGUGGCUUGGGGCUGGAUACUACGGCAUAGACUUGAUCAAGAAGCCGCUGAAGAGCUGCUGCGGUAUAUAGAGUUGAAGACUGGCUGGAACACGUCCCACUUGAUAGACUCGCUGAGAGAGCAAUGGCAAAAUGAGCUUGUCGAUGACUGA